UUCCAGAGCAACGGAGCUCCUCCCCCUGGCGGUCCUUUGGACAGCCCUCGAUGAGGUCCUGAAGGAAGAUGGCGUCCCCCGCGAUGGAGAAAGUGGGGCGCCUUGUCCAGCAGCUCCGUGGCUCUCGGAAGCUCUGGCUUCCCGGGCUGACUCAAGUCAGGUGGACCCGAUACAAUCCUACAUAUAUUGAUCCAGAAGUGAAUAAAGAAAGUUACCGUAAAUCUCCAGAGGAAAUGUCAGAGGAGGAAAAAAAUAAACGGCAGUUGAAAACAAUCCAGCCAGUAAAAGCCACCGAAUCCAGCAUCACCAGUUCUGUGUUUUAUGAUCCCGCGAUCAGCAGAUUCAUUAACAUGAUGAUGAAAGGAAGCAAUAAAAUUUUGGCACGUACCCUCAUGAAUCAGACUUUAGAGGCCAUUAAAAGGAAGCAACUUGCGAAAUAUCAUGAAGCAGAUGAGGAAAUGAAAGAAAAAAUUGAGUGCAACCCUUACAAAAUCUUCCAUCAAGCAAUCGAAAACUGCCAACCUGUAAUUGGGCUUUCAGGUAUCAUAAGAGGAGGUAAAAAGUAUCAGGUACCAACUCCUUUAAAGAUUAGUCGGCGGAGAUUCUUAGCCAUGAAGUGGAUGAUCACAGAAUGCAGAGAAAACAAGCACAGGCGAACAUUACUGCCUGAAAAGCUCUCAAAUGAGCUGCUGGAAGCCUCCAACAAUAAUGGCAACGUGAUAAAAAAAAAGCAUGAGUUGCACAAAAUGGCAGAAGCUAACCGGGCCUUUGCUCAUUAUCGAUGGGCGUAAAGAAUGUGCUGUUGGAUCCAGUGUAUGAUGACUUAAGGCUUUUGCUACCAGAAAAGACAACUUUUCGUUGUUCUAAUUCCAUUUGCUUUUCUUUGCAUAUCACUAAUCUGAGCAGAAAAUUGCCUGCUUCUCAUUCAACUCUCAUCAAAGAAUAUGAGCUGAAGAAAAUCAGGGUCCCCCUUUUCAAGCUCACAUAGGGAGUGGUUUUGAGUAUGUCACAUCCCAAAUGAUAUAAAUACAAAUCAUUGUUUAUUUUCAACUCUUGUGUUCAUCAAUUUCCAUUCAUGUUUUGGAAAACUAACAAGCAGGUGAUUGAAGGCGAUCAGAGCUGAAAAAUAGUAAAAAUGGAAACUUUC